CAAAGAAAUCAGUCGUGCAAGACAGUGGCCAUGAGAGAACGGGCUUUGUAAAAGAAAAAGUGAAAGAACCGUAUAAAGUGAUGAACCCGUCCACAUCGUCGAAUAUGAUCCGGUCAAUAUGGCUCAUAUUGAUUUGCUCAAAAUAUGGAACAACUCUCUCGUGUUCAAAAUCCUUUGGCUUGGAUCCCGACAAAGAUGACCAGAACUGCCAGAAGUACCAUAUUUGCGCUUUUGGUUACAUCAUAGGAGCCAAUACAUGUCCUUCAAAUGCAAUAUUUGAUCCCUCUUUGUUGAAGUGUGUUUCAGGGGAAAACUGCAACCAAUUGACGUCCCAUCUUAAAACCACUCCACGUGCCAUCACAUAUCAAGCUAAUUUUGGAAAGUUGAAGGCCUGCCCUCAUUCCAAUUUCAUAGUGUGUAGCUAUCCUGGAUGGCCGGUGAAUGAUUUUAGUCCUAACAAAGUCGAUUUUUCGAUGUGCACCCAUGUUAUCUACAGUUUUGCUACCGUUUCGGGUGAUUUUCUUAUCUCCAAUGCAAGUCUAAAUUUCCCCAAUGUUCCUGGACAAGAAGAGAUCAGGACCAAAUACCCUGAUUUGGUGUUUUUAAUCAGUGUUGGUGGAUGGACAGAAUCUCAAGACAACCAGGAUCGUUUUAGGUCACUCUUUGCUUCGGAAGAAAAAACGCAAACCUUCGCCAUUUCAGUUGCAAACUAUCUCGAGAAGUACUCAUUUGAUGGUUUGGACAUGGCUUUUCUACAUCCAAAUGCAAAUGACAAGGAUAAUUAUGCCCAAUUCAUGGGGAUCCUUCAUAAAACAUUGUGCAAAAGAAACUUCAUCUUAACUGCCAGCAUCUCCGGUAUAAUCAGUCAAUUGGGCACCCAAUUUGAUUUCAAGGCCCUCCACACAAAUGUGGAUCAUUAUCACGUUAUGGCUUAUGAAUACCAUGGGUUUUGGGACGAAAAUGCCGACCACCACUCUCCACUGUAUAAGCGUUCAUGGGACGAAAGUGGACUUGACGUGGAAAGCACGAUUGAUUUUCUACAAGAAUCAGGGGUCCCACCUGAAAAGAUUGUCUUGCAAAUUCCGGCCUUUGGACGAGGCUUUGUUGUGGAAGGGCUCAAAAGGGAACCGCCAAUCCCU